GGGCUGAUGAUGUUGGGGAUUUUAUGGUACGGCAGAAGUUAACAGCUGUUCAGUACUUUAGUUAUUACGAACUUUCACAAAGACAUGUCUGAAAUAACCAGCAACCAAAAAAAGAACAAAAAAAAGAAAAAAGGAACCCACAGUCGAAGCGAAAAACCGUGAAGUCAAGUAACAGUUCGAUCCAACCACUGUUUAUUUGGCUUUACAAAACUCUGGGUCGCCCCAUAUAUAUCCUUUUUUCUCCGUCUCAUACUCUCUAUCAAAGCCCUACCUUCAGGUUGAAUUUGGGGAUGCUUUACUGCUAGUGGAUUUGAAUUGCAAAGAAGUGGAAUGGAGCAUCCAAGAUCAGGUUCUGGGAAUGGUGAGGAUAAUGUUGGGAUACCUGAUGAUUUGCGAUGCAAAAGGUCAGAUGGGAAGCAAUGGAGGUGUACUGCCAUGUCUAUGCCAGAUAAAACUGUUUGUGAAAAACAUUAUAUCCAGGCUAAAAGGAGGGCUGCCAAUUCUGCGUUAAGAGCUAGCCUUAAGAAAAAGAGGAAGUUGGGUGGUGAUACUGAGAUGUAUGGGGGAGACACUAAGAGUGAUGACUUUGAUGUGCCGCCUGUUAGUAGGAAAGUGGAGGACUAUCCUCCUCCAGUUUCUGGGAAGAAACAUAAAGAGAAGGUUUCUAAGAAUCAAAUUCAGUAUUCACCCGAGACACCUCCUAUGAGGAAUCUCUCGGCACGAAAUUCUGCAAAGGUGGAAGAUGAUUAUCAAAGAGAUGGCUCUCCUUUUGAAGAGAGUUGGAGGUCAUACAAGACACCGUCUUUUUCUGCUGCAGAUUCAUCCAGGAACAGAUCACAGAGAAGCAAUGAUGAUGUUGCUAUGGCGGCGGAUGACUCCGAGGAUGACUCCGAAGAAGUUUUUGUCGGGCAAACUUGCCAUCAAUGCCGGCGGAAUGAUAGAGAGAGAGUUACUUCAUGCCUCAAAUGUGAAAAGAGAGGAUAUUGUGAUAGCUGUAUCUCUUCAUGGUACUCGAACACCCCAUUGGAAGAAAUUGAGAAGGCUUGUCCUGCAUGUCGUGGUUCCUGUAAUUGCAAGGCAUGCUUACGAGGUGAUAACAUGAUAAAGGUAAGGAUACGGGAAAUACCUGUCCUGGACAAGCUACAGUAUCACUACUGUCUUUUAUCUUCAGUGCUUCCUGUUAUUAAGAAGAUCCAUCAGGAACAGUGUUCUGAAGUGGAAUUGGAAAGAAAACUUCGUAGAACUGAAAUAGACCUUUUUAGGGCAAAGGUGAAUGCAGAUGAGCAGAUGUGCUGCAACUUUUGUAGGAUACCAAUUGUUGAUUAUCAUCGGCAUUGUCCAAAUUGCUCAUAUGAUCUGUGUCUCCGUUGCUGUCAAGAUCUUCGGGGUGCAUCUUCUGUCGGUGUUGAAGAUAUAGGAAAUGAGACUGGUGAGAGAACUCCAGACAAAGAAACUUCUAUGGGACAAGUAUCCAAAUUGAAACUGAAUUUCUUGGAUAAGUUCUCUGGCUGGAAAGCCAACAGUGAUGGCAGUAUACCAUGUCCUCCAAAGGAGUAUGGUGGUUGCGGUCAUCACUCAUUAAACCUAAAUCGUAUUUUUAAGAUGAAUUGGGUUGCAAAGCUGGUUAAGAAUGUAGAGGAAAUGGUUAGUGGCUGUAAGGUUUAUGAUGUUGAAAGUUCGGAAAAGAUUGAAUUGAAUGAUCCCAGACUUUGUCAGUUUGCUGACAGAGAAGGUAGUGAUGAUAGUCUUUUGUACUGCCCUUCAUCUCAUGAUAUUAAAGCAGAAGGGAUUGCUGAUUUUAGAAGGCAUUGGAGCAAGGGUGAACCUGUGAUUGUUAAAGAGGUAUUUGAUAGCUCAUCCAUUUCAAGUUGGGAUCCCCUGGCUAUUUGGAGAGGAAUUCAGGAGACGGCUGAUGAGAAAAUAAAAGAUGAGACCAGAAUGGUGAAGGCCCUAGAUUGCUUAGACUGGUCAGAGGUUGAUAUUGAACUUGAUCAAUUCAUUAAAGGAUACACAGAGGGGCGGACACAUGAAAAUGGACCGCCAGCAAUGUUGAAGUUGAAAGAUUGGCCUUCUCCCGGUGCUUCGGAAGAGUUUUUGAUGUUCCAGAGACCUGAGUUCAUCAGUAAACUUCCCUUACUUGAGUACAUUCAUUCCAGGUUGGGUCUCCUAAAUGUCGCUGCAAAAUUGCCCCAUUAUUCUUUGCAAAAUGAUGCUGGACCUAAGAUUUAUUUAUCUUAUGGGACCUAUGAAGAACUUGAUAGAGGGAAUUCGGUAACCAAUCUCCAUUUCAAAAUGCGAGAUAUGGUGUAUCUGUUGGUGCAUACAUGUGAAGUAAAGGUAAAUGGUCAGAGGACAAAAAAGGACAUACUCAAAUCCAAUGGGAAAUCUGAGGUAAAUGAGUCCUUGAGGGAUUCUGAAACAAGGUCAGAUGAGAAAAGAUUGCCUGAUUUAUCUAUUGAUGGACCUGAUAUUGAUGACGAAUCUGAGAGCACAUCUGAUGUACAUGAGGAUCAAGAAACUGAAACUACCAUGAUUGCAGAGAAAUCUGCAGAUUUUGAACAGUUAAAUGGGGAUAGCAGGGACGUGAUAGGAAAUCCUAAAGCAGGAGCGUGUUGGGAUGUCUUUCGUCGACAGGAUGUUCCGAAGUUAACUGAGUAUUUGCAAAAGCAUUGGAGGGAUUUCAGGAAGCCUGAAAGUGCGGUGAUGCGUCCUCUGUAUGACGAAGUGGUGUACUUGAAUGAGCAUCAUAAGAGAAAAUUAAGGCAAGAAUUUGGAGUGGUGCCAUGGUCAUUCGAACAGAAUUUGGGGCAAGCUGUCUUUCUCCCUGCUGGUUGCCCUUUCCAAGUGAGGAAUCUCCAGUCCAAUGUUCAGUUAGGACUUGACUUCUUAUUUCCAGAAAGUGUGGGGGAGGCUGUAAGAUUGGCUGAAGAUAUCCGCUGUCUUCCAAAUGACCAUGAUGGAAAACUUCAAAUUUUGGAGGUUGGGAAGAUCUCGUUAUAUGCAGCUAGUUCGGCCAUUAAAGAGGUCCAGAAAUUGGUGCUGGAUCCAAAAUUGGGUGCUGAGCUUGGAUUUGAAGAUCCUAAUUUAACCGCAGCAGUAUCGGAGAAUCUGGAGGUUGUGAAGCGAAGUCAAAUAACUUGUGCCUGAAUUUCUGUAUAGUAACUGUAGGUUUGUUAUGGAAACCAUAGUUUUUCCAUAAGCCAUUGUGGGUUCCUGAAGGAAUUUUAGUGUAUAAAUGUAUUUAUAUGUAAUCUUCUUAAUGCUUUUGAUACUUGAUGAUUCAAAACAUCCUAUUCUUGACAAUAUUAUCAUGUUUUAGAAGGAA